AUGCACUAUGUACAGUGUAAAAAACAUGUAGACGUGACGCGUCCACAGAUGGAGCGUAAACAAUCCAGCAUAAUGAACAUAUCCAGACAUCCAUUAACGGAGGAUCAAAUCAACUUACUUAAUAAGGGACUAGGAUUUGUCUGUACCCCCAGGAGUAUAAGAAAAUCGGAGGUAACAGAAGGAAUUGACAGAAUUAUUAAAAAUAUACAACUAAAAGAUUAUUUUAAAAACAACAUGGAUACAACAAGGAUGGGAAACCCAUAUCUAACGGAUUACAAAAGAUACUUCAAGUCGGCCAGAACUACAGGAGACAUUUCCAGCGUAAAGAGAACCAAGGAUUACGUACUGGUUAAGCCAUACUGCCCUUCCCUAGGAUCCAUAUACCACAUGAUCCUACUCGCGAUGAUAAAAAAUAAUAUCAUAUCUAACGAGGAAGAAGCAGUAGUGGCCUACAAAGUACAGAAAAACCUGAGGAGAAGCCUAUUCGGAAGAAUAUAA